CCUCAAGAGACGGCGAAACAGUGCGAGCGGAAAAUCUCAAAAUGGCGGCUAAUCAGCGUGCAGCAGGGUGGCCGAAAUACCGAAACGAUCGGUUAGACAGUAACCCAGCAUCUAUGAAGAAUGAUACGUCGAAUUAUGUACCAAGGGAGAGAACAGCUGUCCUUUAUCCGCUUACAAAUUACACAUUUGGUACGAAGGAGCCAUUGUACGAGAAAGAUGCCUCAGUGUCGGCUCGAUUCCAACGCAUGAGAGAAGACUUUGAGAAGAUAGGCACUCGUCGGUCAGUAGAGGGCGUGCUCAUCGUUCACGAGCAUGGCCUACCGCAUGUACUGCUGCUGCAACUUGGAACGACAUUCUUCAAACUGCCCGGAGGGGAGUUGAACGCUGGCGAGGAUGAAGUGGAGGGACUCAAGAGACUAAUGACAGAGAUCCUAGGGAGGCAAGAUGGUAUUCAACAGGAGUGGAUGGUAGAGGACGUCAUAGCCAACUGGUACCGACCCAACUUUGAGCCCCCUCAGUAUCCCUAUAUUCCAGCACACAUCACGAAGCCAAAGGAACACAAAAGACUGUAUUUUGUACAGCUUCAAGAAAAAGCCCUGUUUGCCGUGCCCAGAAACUACAAGCUAGUAGCAGCCCCAUUGUUUGAGCUUUAUGAUAACGCACCGGGCUAUGGGCCUAUCAUCUCAAGCUUACCUCAGUUAUUAAGCAGAUUUAACUUCAACUACCAUUGAUGCCCAGCGGAGAGGAACAGUAACUUUGAUGUACUGAACUGAAUCGCACCAAUACUUGCUAAAUCUUUGUACAGAAUGGGACUUUUUUCCCGUACACUACAAAACAAAAUCAAAAUCGAUUUUUAAACCCACAUCCAAAAGAUAGUAAGAGGUGGAUUCAGCUGUCUCAUUUUCAGUUUGUAACAUUGUUACAAUUUUGUCCCCUUUACGUUUUUGUAUCAUGUCAGCAUCAUCUCAAUCACUGUGUAAAAUGAGGAACUGUCAAUUUAAUGUCAUUAAAGGUUGCUUUCAUUCUACGUUUUACGUAACUUUGCAGGCAAAUUCGUUUUUUUAAGCUUUCGGACAAGCUGCCUUGAGAUUUUUUGUUUUACCUUGUGUGGGCACAUCUGAAUCCACCUUUUUAAGAGACAGUUAUGCAUUCGAACCUUGUGUCACACUGGAGACAAUGGUUCUUUGUAAAAGACAUGAAUAGACAAAUCGAUGAUAAAAUGUUAACAAAAAUUCCAUCAGUUUUAAUUUUCUUGUUCAAGGGGUCGAAAUUAUCACUGGCUGAUCAUUCACUUGCCAAAUCGAAUACUUUCUGAUGAGUACAAAAAGUAUGAGUGAAGCACUUGCUUGCAAAAACUAACAGUUCGUGACUUUUUUUGGUUGUACUUUUACCUUGAAAAUGUUUGUAACUUGUGUGAACAACACUGGAGAACAUGCAACUUCAUAUUUAUUUCUUUUUGCCUCACGAAUUUCAUUGUCUGUAAGGAGUAAGCAUUGUUCUGGUCAUUGAGUUUCUGAAAGGGCAGAAAGACUUUUCCAGGGAACCCCUAAGCUGUAAUGAAAUCUCAAAUUUCUCGGAUUGUAUACUGGUCUCCGGAUUCAUUUGCUUUUUAACAAGUAUCGGCUACCCGCUUGAAAUUUUUCUUGAGGUAAAAUAUCUUAUGAUGUUGAAACUCAGAGGAUAAACAUUUGAAAAAAAAACUCUGCCAGAAUUUGAGUGAAAAGAAAAUUUGGUAUCUGGCUCGGUCAAGAGUUUUAUAUUUUUUACCAAUAUUGCUCUUAUUACUUGCUUGGGUUUUUAUUUUAAUCAAAAAUUUGUAAUUGUCGUAGCUUUUUGUAUAUUAUUUGUAUAGCUGUGUAGUUGUAGCUACUGAUAGUGGUGUGUUAGAGCAAUGUUAAGCAAACUUAAGGGCAAUGUUAGGCAAAAUUCAAAUACUAGGUUGUUUUUGGUUGGUCAUUACAGUUUACAAAUUAAUAGUCAUGGUAGAGAAAAUGUUCGUACCUUUGCAGUUUAUUCAUUGAAAAUUGUAAUGUCAUAUAAUUACACGAUUUUGAACUGUACAUGCACUCCAACAUUGCCGUUGAAGACCACCAAGUCUCUGUACAUAUGAAACAAAGGUGUUGGAAAUUCGACAAGUUCCAUUAGAACAAGUCGAUUGGAUUGGUCAGUCAGGCAGUCAUCACAUGUCGAGACUGACCAAUCAUAUUACCGUGAAUGUUUACCUAGAUGAAUUCGGGCCAUGAGUCUGAUUUCAAAAAUGUCCAUAAAUGUUCUAAAAACUCAACAUUCCAAAUCGGUUCGUAGACUAUAUACCAGCAGCGUAACUUGGGAAGGGGGGGGGGGGCACGUACCCCCUGACGUCCCCCAUUUGAAAUUUUGAAUUGAAAACAAUGAUAUGUUUCCUUUGACCAUACCUGUUGUGCCUCUUGAAGACUUGAUAAACUCUCUGUUGUCCCCAGAGGUUUGACCCUCCUUACGCCGCUACUAUAAACAUUUAAAUGUCUGUCUUUUCUUCAGAUAUAAAGAGGGUUGUCAAGUUUGUGAAAAAAAUAACCAAUUGUCAAGUGCAUUUUCGGUUUGCCACCAUUCAUGGUUUUCUGAAUUCUACGUUUCAUCUUUUCUGGUACUUUUCAAAGACAAUUUUUAUAUUUUCACGAAUUAGCCGUCUUUAAUUUGAAACAGCACUCUCACUUGUAUCCUCAAGUUUGUUAACGUCAAAUUUUAAUGAAAUGCUUCACACUCUGGUCCAGAUAAAGACCGUUUUUAAAGGCUUGAAGUCAGGUUUUUUUAUGAGACCCAACUUUUAGAUAUUAAAACAAAACUCAAAAGAGAGAAAGCCCA